AUGACGGGAGAUUUGAUGCAGAACUGGGAGCGACACAAACAACGCUAUGCGCAAUCUGGAACGACGCAAUUCGACGACUUCUGGGACUGGAUCGAACGGAUGAGAAAUCAUGAAGUUGCUAGCAGGAAGAAUGAAAGGGUAUACCUCGUCAUCUCCAAGUUACGGAGAGUGGCCGACAAUGAACGUCAUAAGGUAGGACCAAGUGGCGUGUCCAGUGUGUUCAACAGCAUGCCACCUUUUGCCAUGCGAAGCUCUGCCUCGAUAAGGUCCGGACAAUCGAUGCGGUCGGAAUCUAAGCGGAAGGAGCCCUCACGACAUGAUCGGUCUCACUGGGAUAGUUGCGAUAGUCGGGAUGAUUUGUCUAGCGGAUCCGACGACGACAACGAAGGAGCAGCAAAGCUCAAAAAGCAAGUCAAGAAUGUGUUGACAGUAGGCGCAAAGAUGAUCGCAUCUGCUUUGUCGUCGAACAACGCCGAGACGUCUGAUACAGAGCCUCAGACAUCGAAUUCGUCCUCGGAACAGCAGAGUCGCCGUCGUCGAGAUUCUGGCCGACCACGAUUCGUGUCCGGGUAUCCUUCGCCACCAGGUGUAAUGCCGGCUAAAGCGUACACAGAUUCUUUACAGAAUGCUCCAGAGAUACGACACAGGAAAUCAGGAUACGACAGCAAGGCGACUAAUGCAGUGCAUCACGGUGUGCGAACAAGCCAUCAAAGCCUUUCGCCACAAAUUGACUCGCCAGCAGAGGCAGACGUGCCGACAGGCUCAUUGCCGACGAAGUCGAGCCACGCCUUUUCUCCACCACAAAGUCAUUUCCAGGGCUCAAAGACUUCCGAACAGCACUGGGCAGUGGAAGUUUGCGAGAAGAUGUAUGGCGAUGGCGUCAAAGCCUUCUCGCGUUUCACCUGCAUUCAUCGUGUAGGGCUAGCCGACCGCGAAAUUACGGAAAAGAUUUAUGUUGGUCGUACUCACAUGAGCCACCGCGUGCUGAAAGAGAUCGGCGAAGGCAUCAUGAAGACCCAGCCCAAGUACACUCUACCAUCCGACAACUGCCAGCAUUUCAUGGCGGUGUACUUGCCACGGAUCUUGUGCCAUCGGCAUGCGCAUCUCACGACCUUGCCGAAUGCAAGCGUAGGGUGGGCGUACAAGUUCACAACUCUGCCGACCUAUCUCGUCGGCGUGAAAGGCGGCUUAGUAACGCAAGUCGAGCACCGAUACUUCCACAUCGCAUCCGGUAUCCGUCAAUUCUUAGACCACUGGAAAGCGAAGCAAGCAGUGGCGGAACGGUCCUUCGAAAGCCGUGAGACCUCCAGCUACCACUUCACAUUGCAAGGCAAUGACCCCGGGCAAUUCACCGCCUCCUGCCGUACUAUUCGGCAGAAUCCAUACCUGAUAAUCCAUCGAGAGUUUUCCAAGUCGGAGACGAGGCCGCUGGGAGAUAGCCAGGAACGAGCCAACACUUUCUGGAUGUGGGAGAUCAAUCGGAAGAUCAAGAUGACGCCUCAGCUGCGGGAGCUGGAGAUGGAGCAGGAUAUUGAGAUUGCGAAGGGGAUAUGGAAGGGCCUGCGGAAGCAGAAGAUGGGUUAUGAGCAGGAGGUUGCGAUGCGCGUCAAGGUGAUGAAGGAGAUGGAGGAGGAACAAGCCUGA